CUCCGACUACUCCGCUGUGCUGCGAGAAGGGUGCCUUCCAUCGGGCCAGCUGAGGAGGCACACAGUCGGAGAGAAGCGGUAGGCAGUAGCAAGUGAGAAGAGGAUUGAGCAGAGACAGUGGGAAGAGAUUGGCUUGGCCAUCGAUCAGCUAUGGCGGGUGCCUUCUGCCUUGCAGCUCUGGGUGCUGCGCUCCCCACUGCUUGCGUCUCGUCGCGAGUUUCGGUCUCUUCCAAGGUCCGCGUGAGCUGCAGCAGCGGCAGGAAUGUCGCCGUCGUGAGCAGGAGGAGGUCCCAUGUUAGUGCUGUGGCUGCCCGGGCAUUGCCUGCGUUUCAAGGAUUGAGGACUUCUAAUGCUCUUGGCUUCCGCACUGAAUCUACAUUCGACAACCUAACUCUGGGAGUGAACAACGGAUCAAGAUGGUUCGCUAUGAGGCACAGAGUCAAGGGUUCUAGGCUGGGAAGACCAGCUGAUCAGCGCAGGGCUCUUCUGAGGGGUUUGACCACUGAGUUGCUUAGACAUGGAAGGAUCAAAACCACGAAGGCCCGAGCCAGAGCCAUGAGGAAGUAUGUCGACCACAUGAUUACUCUUGCCAAGGGUGGCAGUUUGCACCAAAGGCGCCAAGCCUUGGGGUUCUUGUACGACAAAACCCUGGUGCACUCAAUAUUCGCUGAAGUUCCAGACAGAUACGGCGAGAGGAAUGGCGGGUACACCCGUAUCAUCCGAACUAUGCCCAGAAGAGGAGACAACGCCCCCAUGGCUUUCAUUGAGCUUGUCUAGAUAAUAUCAGAAUUUUUGUUAGUGGCGAUAGUAUGUAAACAAAGCAUCCUGUAGUCAAUGACGGAGAGCAUCGUUAUUAAACACACCUUCAUUGUGGGCUCUCAAUGCUGAAAUUUUAGUUGUCCUCAAUUUCAUCGCAUAUUACUAUGAUGCGGUGCACAAGCGAUAUGAUAGCUGCUUUGUAAGCAUUUCUAUGUCAAAGUUUAAACUGUACCUUUUCAUCACUCCAUUUAUCUAUAAAUCACAUGUCAGAUUCUGUGGGUUGAGUAACC